ACCGAGGCAUCCCAACCCUUCCCGGCUGUGGAAACGGUGGCCGGCGCCCGCCACGGUGAAACAAUAAUAACAAGGUGUGUGAAUCGGGAGGCACACCGUGAAGCACGAAGACCGAAUGAACAUCAUGGAGGGCUCUGGGGAGCCCCCGCAUCCCGGGGACCACUGCAUCCACGAUGGCGACUUCGUGGUGCUGAAACGGGAAGAUGUGUUCAAAGCAGUGCAGGUCCAGCGGAGAAAAAAAGUAACUUUUGAAAAACAGUGGUUCUACCUAGAUAACGUCAUUGGUCAUAGCUAUGGAUCUACUUUUGAAGUGACCAGUGGAGGAAGUCUUCAGCCCAAGAAGAAGAAGGAAGAGCCCACUUCAGAUACUAAAGAAGCUGGCACCGAUAAUCGAAAUAUAAUUGAUGAUGGAAAAUCUCAGAAACUUACCCAAGAUGACAUAAAAGCUUUAAAAGACCAGGGCAUUAAAGGAGAGGAAAUAGUUCAGCAGCUAAUUGAAAAUAGUACAACAUUCCGAGACAAGACAGAAUUUGCUCAAGAUAAAUAUAUAAAAAAGAAGAAAAAGAAAUACGAAGCCAUCAUUACUAUCUUGAAGCCAUCUACCCGUAUUCUUUCAAUUAUGUAUUAUGCAAGAGAGCCUGGAAAAAUUAACCACAUGAGAUAUGAUACACUAGCCCAGAUGUUGACAUUGGGAAAUAUCCGUGCUGGCAAUAAAAUGAUUGUCAUGGAAACGUGUUCUGGCUUAGUGCUGGGUGCAAUGAUGGAACGAAUGGGAGGUUUUGGCUCCAUUAUUCAGUUGUACCCUGGAGAUGGACCUGUUCGUGUAGCAACAACAUGUUUUGGAUUUCCCAAAUCUUUCUUCAGUGGUCUUUAUGAAUUCCCUCUCAACAAAGUGGAGAGUCUUCUAAAUGGAACGUUUUCUGCUGAGAUGUUAUCUUCUGAGCCAAAAGACAGUGCUUCACUUGAAGAAAGCAAUGGGGCAGUUGAGGAGAAGCAGGCUUCUGAACAGGAUAACGAUGACAGCAUGGCAGAGGCUCCAGAGAGCAAUAACCCAGAAGAGCCAGAAGUAAUGGAAAUAGUUUCCCAAGAUCCACAACACAAGGAGCCAAAAGAGAAAGGAAGCAAAAAAGACUAUAUGCAGGAAAAGCAAAGAAAACAAGAAGAGCAGAGAAAAAGACAUUUAGAAGCAGCUGCUAUGCUGAGGGAAAGAAAUGCAGAUGGCUUAAUUGUGGCCAGUCGUUUCCAUCCCACUCCUCUGCUGCUGUCUCUGCUGGACUUUGUGGCCCCUUCAAGGCCAUUCGUGGUCUAUUGCCAGUAUAAAGAGCCUUUGUUGGAAUGCUACACAAAACUCCGGGAAAGAGGAGGGGUCAUCAACCUCCGGCUGUCUGAGACUUGGCUCAGGAAUUAUCAGGUACUGCCAGAUCGAAGUCAUCCCAAAUUGCUGAUGAGUGGAGGUGGUGGUUACCUUCUGUCAGGCUUCACCGUUGUCUUGGAUAACCUUAGAGCAGACACCAACCUCAAGUCCAGUAUGAGUGCUUUAGAAUCUCCCAAGACUGAGGAGCCAGCACCCAAAAAACAGAAAUGCACUGAGUCUGGCUCUUAACUCAUCAAGGAUGGUUUUGAUUUUUGUCUUCAGGCAUUCUGAAGUUGAUAAACUUUAAAUGCCAUUGCUAAUUGUUUCUUCAUGCCCUAAGAAUACGAAUGUCUGUGUCCAUCUCUUCCUGGGAAGGAGAGAAGCCUUUUGUCACAUUUCUGACACAGAUGGGUUCAGACUGUCAAAACUGCAACUCAAGUAUGCAUUCAUGGAUUGAUUCAAUACUUGUGUUUAUUUAAUAAAAAUCCUCAGACUACUUUCAAAUGCUCUGCAAAUAUCUUGAGAAUUUCAGCAUCCUUGAAAAGAUGUACAAGACUUUGUUUCUUUUUUAAGCUAAUUGGAAUAUCUCAGUAGAGCUAAAACAUGGUGAGUACUGAAAGGAAGAAAUUGUGGAUAAAAUGUCCUGUUCAUCCUCUUCUCUUCCAGCCUAAGCAAUAUGGAUGUGUGAGUAUAUGAGGUUGCCAGUACCAAAAAAAUGUCUGCCAUGCACCCUCAGUGAAAUAAGUUUUUUUUUUUUAAUGUUAGGUUUUAUUACUUUAAUAGCUGACAACCUGGGGAGGUCCAAGAACUUAUUUUAUUGCUUUAAGGGAGUGGGUGCAGAAAGGUUUCAUAGGUACUAUAUUUGCAUUAAUUUGCCAAUUCUCUUAUCCUUUUUUCCAAAUAAAGUGACUAGUACACGUGUGUGUACUGAUGUUGGUAUACACACGCAUGUAUUUUGUAUGUAUGCACAAAGACAGAAUGUACUGCCUAUUGAACUACAGUGAAGUUUUGUGCAAGACUUAGGACAGGUCUCAUUGUAUUGGUAUCACUCCCUGUCAAGUGUUUGUUAAAGUGCCUUUUUCUGGUGAUUAAUACUGGUCUAAAGAGCUCUGCCAUGAUUCAGUAAUUAGCCUUAUGAUAAGCUCUGACAAACCAUGAUCAAAUGAUUUGGCCAUCUGUUAUAGCAAAUAAAAAAUAU